AGCAACACUCCAUCCCUCAAACACACCGACUUCGAGAUCGGAAAUGGCGGAGCUAUUGGAGACCUACGCCUGCGUCCCCUCCACUGAGAGGGGCAGAGGGAUCCUCAUCUCCGGCGAUCCCAAAUCCGACUCCAUCGUCUACUGCAACGGCCGCUCCGUCAUCAUCCGCAGUCUCAGCUCCCCUCUCGAGGCUUCCAUCUAUGGGGAGCACGCUUACCAGGCUACUGUUGCGAGAUUCUCCCCCAAUGGUGAGUGGGUCGCCUCCGCUGAUGUCUCCGGCACUGUGCGGAUCUGGGGGCGCCAUGGUGACCGCGUCCUGAAGAACGAGUUUCGUGUUCUCUCUGGCCGUAUUGAUGAUCUCCAGUGGUCUCCUGACGGGCAGCGGAUCGUCGCGUCUGGCGAUGGGAAAGGGAAGUCAUUUGUCCGCGCCUUCAUGUGGGACUCUGGAAGUAACGUUGGAGAGUUUGAUGGGCAUUCAAGGCGUGUUUUAAGUUGUGCAUUUAAGCCCACUAGACCAUUCCGCAUUGCAACAUGCGGAGAAGAUUUCUUAGUGAACUUCUAUGAAGGACCACCAUUUAGAUUUAAGCUAUCUCAGAGGGAGCAUUCUAAUUUUGUCAACUGUGUGCGAUUUUCUCCUGAUGGAAGUAAGUUCAUCACUGUAAGUUCGGAUAAGAAGGGUAUAAUCUAUGAUGCGAAGACUGGAGAAAAAAUGGGGGAGUUAUCUGCGGCAGAUGCACACAAAGGAAGCAUAUAUGCUGUUAACUGGAGUCCUGACAGUAAACAGGUCCUUACAGUAUCUGCUGACAAAACUGCAAAAGUGUGGGAAAUUAUGGAUGAUGGAAAUGGGAAGCUUAACAGAACAUUGGAAUGCCUUGGUUCAGGCGGAGUGGAUGACAUGCUAGUUAGCUGCCUCUGGCAAAAUGACCAUCUAGUCACUGUUUCUCUUGGUGGAACCAUUAAUAUAUUCUCAGCCAGUGAUCCAGAGAAAACAGUGACAACAUUUUCCGGCCAUAUGAAAAGUGUUUCUUCUUUAGCCUUUCUUCAUCAAAGUGGGCAAAAGAUUAUCUUAUCCAGCAGCUAUGAUGGUUUAAUUGUGAGAUGGAUGCAGGGUGUAGGAUAUGUUGGUAAGCUACAGAGGAAGGAUAGUACUCAAAUUAAAUGUUUUGCAGCAGUUGAAGAAGAACUUGUUACCUCUGGGUUUGACAAUAAGGUAUGGAGAAUUCCAUUAAAUGGAGAUAAAUGUGGAGAAGCUGUACAUGUUGAUGUUGGUUCUCAGCCGAAAGAUUUAAGCCUUGCAGUUAAAUUUCCUGAAGUUGCUUUGGUUUCAACUGACUCUGGACUUGCCAUUCUACGUGGUUCAAAACUAGCAUCAAGCAUUAAAGUUACAUAUGUUGUGACUGCAUCAACAAUUUCUCCUGAUGGAGCUGAGGCCAUUGUGGGUGGUCAAGAUGGAAAGUUGCAUAUAUAUAGCAUUGCGGAAGAUGUUCUGACUGAGGAAUCAGUGCUUGAGAAGCAUCGAGGUGCAAUUACUGUUAUACGCUAUUCUUCUGACGCUUCCAUGUUUGCUUCAGCUGAUGCCAAUCGGGAAGCUGUGGUAUGGGACCGCAUGACACGUGAGGUCAAAUUAAAGAACAUGCUCUACCACUCUGCCCGUAUCAACUGUCUAGCAUGGUCUCCCGAUGGCCGCAUGGUUGCUACUGGAUCUCUAGACACAUGCGUGAUCAUUUAUGAUGUAGACAAGCCAGCAUCAAAUCGGAUAACCAUCAAAGGAGCACACCUCGGAGGAGUUUAUGGACUAGCAUUCUGCGAUGAGAACAGUAUCAUUAGUUCAGGGGAGGACGCAUGCGUGCGUGUGUGGAGAUUACUCCAGCAAUGAGUGUUUUUUUCUUUUUUACUUUUGUUUUAAAGUUUUCAAACUAAUAAGCUGUUUGCAUCUCUGCUUCCAUUCUGUAAUUUUUGCUAUUUAGGUGUGGCUAUUAAUGAACUACUUGAAAGGUUAGUGUGUGUGUUUGUAUUAAAUCCUUUGGAUUUCCAAUCCCAUUGUUUGCAAAUUUCCACAAAAACUCAGUAAAUGUUCUCUAUUUAUUGUUA